CAAAAGUUUCACAAGAAAACUACUACAACAUAAGCUUCCAAGACAUUCAAAAGUUAGAAAGUGAGAAUGGCUUCCAUUUUUCCAUUCUUUCUCUUGUUCUCUUCUCUCACCCUUCUCUCCAUUGCUGGUGCUCAGGAAAGAGCUCCCCAUGGACUAGCCAAAGAGAACCCAAUGGCAUUUUCGCCAACAGCGUAUGAUUUUUUUCAUCCAAACUCAAAAAACCCAGUUGCUAAAGACCCUUGUGUUGCUUCCAAAUGUUCGCCAUUGCCUAUUGCAGCCCAUGUCGAAGCAACUGAAGGUCAUGAGAGCAGAUUUUCUGGCUCACAGAAUGGCAAGACAAGGGUUGGAGCUGGUGGCAUUGCAGGCAUUGUGUUCGGUUUAGGAUUUGUGGUGUUUCUGGCGAUGGGCGUUUACUAUGUGAUUGUCGCACGCAGAACAAAAAUGACUCGGGCUAAUACUGUUAAACCUGAUGUAUGAGGUUUCAUAACUUGGACAAGCCAUCUACUGUUGCCCUUUCAUCUUUGUUUUAUUGUAGUAAAACCAGAUUAUGUAGUGUGCAUCUAUAAUUCAUUACGUAGUUGCAUGGUAUUUAUGAGUAUUACCUAUGAUUUACAAUCAAAUUUGCUCAUCUUUAGUAUGUGUAGUAAUAACAAUAAGGCUAAAUAGAUGGUAGCAAGUGGAACAGUAGAUGGGCUGCGUUCGACAUGUAUUCAGGGAAAGACUGGAGAGGAUAGAAAACAAACUCUUAUGGUGAAUGUCAAGUGUUUUACUACUUGAGCUAGAAGCCCCAGACAGUUUUGCUCUUUUGAAAAGUACCAAUGGCACUCUUUCGUGAAUGAAAAACAACAGUAAUGUAAACAAAGAGGAUAAAGCUGAGUUGCAAUCAAGUCCCAUUUGAGGCAUUCAUAACAGUAAGCAGACAAUUACAUCUUCAGUUAUGGAGUGACCUCCAAUGGUGAUGGAUAUGUUUGCCAGUUUGAGCUGAAA